AUGCAUGGCGCCAAGCUCGAGCAGCUGACGCUCGUACAGCGGCGCGGAACAGCAACAAAGACGCUCGCGUGUUUCACUGCUCAAGCUGCAGCCCUAACGCACAACGUCAAAGCUCAUAGCAAGGAGACUUCGGUAGUGUUGGCAGCACUCAAUGCAGCUAUCGAACGUCGUCAACCGGCGUGGUUGACGCAAGGGCAGACUGGCGAGCGAGAGCGUAAGCGUCAACGGACGAGUGAAGGCAGGCGAAAGGAAGUCGUUUUUGCUGCGCAAUUGGUACAGAGCGUUGUGAAGGUGUACGCGGCCAUGGAUGUGGGUACAGCCACGGCGGAAGACAAGGACGAUCUAGUGGCGGCACUGGAUUUAGCGUGUGUGGCGCUUUAUGUGGUGUGUGCUUUGGCGCAUGUAGUGCGUCUAGGGGACCUCGUGGUGGAAAAUCUGCUCUACCAAGUGGCCAAAAAGUAUGCUGAAAUACCAAACAUGCGGAAAGUGGCAAGUUGUAUAGCCACUUGUGUUCAUGUCCGUCUGUGGAACGAGCAUACAAAGCUGUGUGGUGAAUCCAGUGAAAUUGAUGCAGCAACGUCAAAUUUGAUAGCGCACCUGCGAGAUGAGGUCAAAAUCGACUUUGCGGCUGUAGUCGCAAAGAAGUUGGCACUUGUGGCGGAGUUUCCAAGACCCACGAGCUUCCACACAGUACAUUACGCCAGAUUGCUUCUUGGGCAUACUAGCUUGUGCGUAACGCUAUUGGCUGCUGCCGAAAACUACGGGGCCGUGCGGCUCGUUGCAGAAACCACACUAUCUCCAUGGAUCGACUACGUGCGAGCUCUUUCUGACCAAAACUCGAAGCUGGCUUCGUCUUUUAGUGACCGGACGUUCCGGCUUUUGUGGAAGUGUGCCGCAGCUGUAGAUAGUGGGGAUCAAAACGCGUCCAAGGCAAACAGCGCCGCGCUUCUGUUUCGUUCGACGGCAUUGACAUUCGUACUCAGAUGCUCAAACUACUUGUCACUGUACUUUAUACAGCAGGUUUUCCGUGUUGGUGUCCAGCAUGAGCGAUCGUCCAAACGAUCGCAUCAGGGGCUCGAGGACGUAUGUGCAUUCUAUGAUCGGUCGGAGAACGCUCUGCUCCGAACGUGUCCUAACUCAUCGCAGAGCUACAAAUCUGAGUCUUUCGAAUGGGAAUAUAUCCAGUGGCUCGAACACUUCGCUUCUAUUUGCGAGUCGCUUGGAAUGCAUUUGAAAAGCGCGACUAUCUUGGAAGCCGCGGUUAAUUAUGCACGUAUGUAUGGUAACACGGAGGCGAUUCAGUCGUGCCUCUUAUUUUCCAUUGCGGGCGCUCUCUUGCGUGCGUCUGGUGAUGAGAAACGAGACGAUGACAUCCAGUCGGAAGCUGGGUCGAGCAGAGCUACUUUUGACAAGAGGUUAGGAUCUGAAGCUGAUAGAACCAUACGUGAGCUUGUUCACAGCACUUCAUCCGACAAGUUAGUCGCCCGGUAUGAAAAGGCGUCAAGUGCAUACCUGGGCAAGUUCGAAGUGUUUGUGGCUUCCAGUUUCGAAUCGUUAAGGUUGCCAUGCUUCUCUGUGUAUGCGCCGUUUGUCAUGCGCUGUCUGAAGAGGAGCUCAAUAUCGAUGUACAAUUAUGGUAUCAGUGCUCAACAUUCGACAAGCGACCAGCUACGCCACCAAGUUGUGACAAGUUUUGGUGUCAUGUGUAAGGUUAUAAAGGAACUACGCGAAACAUUUGAUGAAACCGAUUCAGGCGUCAUCGAAGCGCUGAUUGUGGAAGAAUUACGACUUCACCGAAUGGCUGUAGUACUAAUAGUGCGGUGCUGUGUUGCAGACGCACGUAGCUCGACUCCAAGUGAGUCUGCUCUGCACGCAAUCUCUUGCCAUGUGGAUCUGAUCCGUGAGCUUUUGCACAACGCAAUGAUGGGUACAAAACCAGGCGAAUUGAUUCUGCAGCGAGUUCUUGGUGAUCUGAAAUCAGUCGCUCGUGACUGUUAUAGUUUUGCUACACAAUACUACAAAACAGGGAACUACCAAGAAACGAUUUCAUUGCUGACAGAAGUGUUCCAGCUUGCAGAAAAAUACGUGCAGUGCUUGAUGCGUAAUAGCACCACCGCUGAUGAAAUGCACACGGCACACGCUCAACUGAAACUUGACGAUAUCGCUUCAUUGCUGGCACAUUGCUAUCGCGAACAAGGAGAUGUGGUGCGAUCACGGCAAUUUGCGGAGUAUUCUCUUAUGUACUGUGCAGACAUCCAUCAGAAAAUUCCGCAAGCAAGUGUCAGCAAGUACGUAUUAUGCGUUCUCGAUGAGCUUAAAAAGUCGGUCGAUGGCGCAAUAGAGUUCAUUGUGAGCGCGUUUAAAGCCUUUUUGAACACCAUCGCUCGCGUUUUCAAGUCUCGCUACAUAUCCGACGACCGGAUUGUGCUCCUGUGGAUCGCAUUUCGACAUGCCUUUGAAUGCGCGUCUGCUAAAACUAUGGAUAGCGCACUAGCCGAGGAUUGCGUCGAGAUUGCGCGCUCAGAUGGUGUAUCAGCCGAAUCGCGUGUGCGUUUGUGUGGUAUGCUUCAGAGUUGUUUGGACGAUCAGUUUAUGAAACUUAGGCUGAAGGUGACAGAAGGGGAGUCGUUUCACGAUAUUUUGCUGGACGUCUCCCAGUGUCUGGCAAGACGCAAAUACGUUUACUGCAGUUGUUACAUCAAACGUGACUUCAAUGCUGCGGUGGAGGCCCUUCUGCUCGUCCAUCACUCCCUUACCGUUGCUGUAAAGAAACUUCAGUUUGUGGCUGGAGCCCCCUCGGUUGAUAUUGGGGGAGUUUACGGAUGGCGUGGUGUGAUUGCUAUGGAGAUUACCGUGAUCGCUAGCUAUGCAGGCUUGUCAGCAAAUGACGUCACUCGUGAGAAUAUUAUCAUUUCUGAAAAUGGCGCGAUUGCCGACAUCGAACAAUGCUUGAAGUACUGGGAUGGACGAUACACUUCUGGGAUCCUGUUUGAUGCGCCUUACAUGAUAUGUUGCUUGCAGUCCAUAUGCAACACACUGUCUAUAACUUCGUGCUCACCGCUGGAAGAAGUCGCUCGAAAGCUACUCAAGACGCUUCAAUGUUUGGCUGGCGAUAUAAUAACACCAGUACCAUGGUUACUUGGCUCUGCUGGUUCAGUCAAUCGAUCAGUUCUGGAGUCAGAUGUUGCUGCAUUGGAGGAUGUAGGCAUCAACAGCGAGUUGAGGUUGUUUGAGCUUGUCGACAAAGCGCUGCUUGCUGCUGAGAUUUCCCGUGCUGAUGAUAAUAAAGGCCAGACGUGUCAGCACUUGCAUGACGCGAUGGCUACGCUCGGUGAUAUUAAACCGAGUCAGAGGCAAUACCAAACGGCACUGUUUGCGAAGGCAGUCAGGAUGCGGGAGUAUGUUGCUCACGUGAUACUGUCGGAUUUAUACUUUCACGAAGGGCGCAGUAAAUGCGCCAUCGCAGAGGCUAAAGCUGCGCUGCGUAUCUGUUGGAAAAUGGCAAAAAAGUGUACCGCUCUUUCCUCGUCUACUGAAUGUCCUGCCGGGUUUGAGUUGCCAUCAGAGCUUACCCCCGUGAAGAGUCAGCAGCGUAAAUCAGGUUACCUGCUGAACUUCAUGGCUCUCGAAAGUUCGUCAUGGGACGUGCUACUUGCCGCCAAGAUGAUAUUGUGUCGAAUAGCAUCUCUCUACGCCUUGUGUGAUCAACCGCGCAGGGCUACUGUGUAUCUUACGGAGGCGAUGCGUCUUGUAAGCGGGCUAAACUUGGGUUUCUUCCGUCGGAGCCCUUUUUAUGAGUACGCUGAACUGGAGCUCAAUGCAAGCCACUUGGAAACGGCAAAAGUAGCUAUAUCUUUACUUUCGUGUCGUCAAAAGAGGGAAGCAUACGGGGUUGAAGGGGAUCGCGCUGACUGCGCCAUGGCGUCCUGGCAUCACUCAUACAUUGAAUCAGAUUUGGCGUUUCUCGAGCAAAGAUGCAUGGAGAUUGUUCAGUGGGGAGAUGUAUACCAAAAUGAAGGAGAUUACCCGCAAGCAUUGGCUUGCUUCGUACGGGCAAUUGAGGCUUUGGACACUGUUGGGAAUCAAGAGCAUAUCGAUUCGAAGAGACUAAGUAGAGCGAAAGUCCGGUGUUGGCGCAAGUAUACACGACUGCAAAGCCAAAUCUGCGAUUUUUCGGACUCUGCAGCAAUUGAAGCAUUGCUGAUUUCGAUGAAACGACUGAAGCAGUCGAUCGAAGCCUGCGAUACACAUCUGGAACGAGUGAAGUGUUUACUUGAACUAGGACGGAUUAACCUAAGGCUGUUGCGCUCGGCCUCACAUCGUGCGUUUACUAGCCUCAGUCAAACUAUUGCCUUUUUGGAAGAAGCGUACUUGCUCGGAGACCGUCUGUGUAUUGCCCAUCUCAAUCAAGAAUUACGGACAGCAUUGGGAAUGACGUAUUUUGCUGAGAUUGAGGACAACACUGGCAGCAAAGAUGAUUCUGUAGCCGACAACAAUCGCGUGCGGUUUAUCUCAUGGAUGAGUUGCGCGUUGUUGGCGAAUGCUGGCAGCACUGGUAUGGUUGCUGUAAAAGAGGCAUCUUCUGUUGAGCUUGGUAACGAUGCUUCAUCACGGGACUCUUUAAUGGUGCAGCUUGAGCAUCUGGCUACAAGUUCAGCUGCAAGGCACGAGCUGAAGUCGCACAAAUACCUGACGAACAUGGCCAAAAGCAUUAAUAAGCAGGUUGAGCAGCUGCCGGACAAUUGGAUUAUCGUGUCCGUGACGAUAAGCUUAUCACACGAGCUCAUGAUCACGCGUCUACCGACAAAUGGACAUACUCCAGUCUCCUUUCGCUUGCCCGGAGUUGUCUGGGUAACGUUCAUUCGCGAGGUGGAUGCGAUCAUACAAGACUCAAGAGAGGUUUUGUCAGGACAUACGGCCGAAGAAGCGAGCUCCUGGAACACGAAACAAAAGGAAAAUUGGUGGCGGGCUCGCGAACUGCUCGACAAGCGCAUCGACAACGCAUUGGUGUCCAUGCAGGAAACGCUGGGUUUCUGGCGAUGCUUACUUGUAGGGGGACCCAGUACUCCCGAAAGAAUCGAACGUUGCUGGGAUCUUCUAGUCGCGAGGAAACAAGGCUCUGUCCGACUGGCGGAAAGGAACCAGACUCUGUUGUGCGCUAUCGCUAAUUCGCUGCAGUGCUUAUCAGACCGCGAAGUAAUUGAUGGACUGAAGCACAUUGCAGCAGAAAUGGGGGCGCCCAUAUCCGAUUCGACAGCGCAUGAGGCUUUGAGCGUAUUGCGGUCGGAGCAAAACGAUACAAGGUCAAGCUUGUCAACAGCGACUCUCUCGAAUUCGGCUAAGCUGAGUACAGGGAGACUGGCCAGGAUGAAAGUCGGCGAGAUGAGACAGCUUCUUGCUGCAGAAGGCCUCAGCACCGACGGAUCGAAGAAGGCAAUGAUCGAACGACUUAAUGCAGUCCGCGCUGCUGCCUUUUCAAGCGAUCACCGGCUGCCCACGAAACCUUCUGCCAACCGUUUCUGUGCCAUUUUGAUCUUGCACCACGAGCUACAGCAGUUUCCAUGGGAAGGAAUGGAUGUGAUGGGCCUUAGUAGCGGCGUCACUCGCAUGCCUUCACUCGACUUGAUUGUACAGAACGCCAAGUGCUCGCGAUUUGUCCGACGCGAUCGUGUGCAGUUCUUGCUGAAUCCUGCCGGAGAUCUCCGAUCAACACAGCAUCAGCUGGGUCCGAUACUGGCAGAGGGUACGACGGCUUACGGCUGGGGAGGCACAGUUGGGGAAGUCCCGGAUCCCGACGAACUGAGAAAUACCUUGGCAGCUUCCGACCUUUUCAUUUAUUGCGGCCACGGCUCGGGUGAAGCGUACUUGCCUCGCGACAAGGUCCUCGGUUUACAGCCUGAUUGCAGCGCUGCACUGCUCUUCGGCUGCAGCAGUGGACGUCUCGAGCGUGAGGGCAUUUUCGGUCCACACGGUGCUGUGCUAGCCUAUUUGCGUGCUGGAAGCCCUGCAGUGCUGGCCAUGCUCUGGGACGUCACUGACCGCGACAUUGACAAGCUGAGUGUCAAGAUUUUGCAGGACUGGCUCCUGGCAAACAGCGAAGACAGAGAUGGCCUCAGUCAUCGUCGUCCCUCGCUGGCCGAGGUGCUGCAAGACUCUCGGAGCGUAUGCAAGCUCAAGUAUCUGAAUGGCCACGCUGCAAUCUGCUACGGUCUCCCGCUGUACGUUGCAAGUCAUUGA